AUGGUGGUAACUUCGCUGAAGCUUCAGGAUCUAAUCGAGGAGAUUCGCGGGGCCAAGACUCAGGCCCAAGAGCGAGAGGUGAUCCAAAAGGAGUGCGCCCACAUCCGGGCCUCCUUCCGCGAUGGGGACCCUCUGCAAAGGCACCGCCAGCUGGCCAAGCUGCUCUACGUCCACAUGUUGGGCUACCCCGCCCACUUUGGACAGAUGGAGUGCCUGAAACUGAUCGCCUCCCCCAGAUUCACAGACAAGAGGGUAGGCUACCUGGGGGCCAUGCUUCUAUUGGAUGAGAGGCACGAUGCCCAUCUGCUCAUUACCAACAGCAUCAAAAAUGACCUGAGUCAGGGGAUUCAGCCAGUACAAGGCCUGGCCCUGUGCACUCUGAGCACCAUGGGCUCUGCUGAGAUGUGCCGGGACCUGACCACAGAGGUUGAGAAACUGCUCCUGCAGCCCAGCCCCUACGUGCGCAAGAAGGCUAUUCUGACUGCAGUGCACAUGAUCCGGAAGGUCCCUGAGCUCUCCAACGUCUUCCUCCCACAUUGUGCCCAGCUGCUUCAUCAGCGCCACCACGGUAAGGCCACAGGACUCCCCAUUCUCUGCUUCAGCUCUAGCAUGGAUAGAGUGAAAAGUGGGGUGGGAACACCAGCUCAUAGAAGGGUAGCACAUGCACACCAGCACACAUGCGGUAGACUCUCCCUUGACCCUGGCCCACCAUUCACUUCCCCCACCCUGACCCCAGGCGUCCUGCUGGGCACCAUCACGCUGAUCACAGAGCUCUGCGAACGAAGUCCUGCAGCUCUCAGACACUUUCGAAAGGUGGUACCCCAGCUGGUGCAGAUCCUCCGGACUCUGGUGACAACAGGAUACUCCAUAGAACACAGCAUAUCUGGAGUCAGCGACCCUUUCUUGCAGGUCCAGAUACUUCGUCUGCUUCGGAUUCUGGGCCGGAACCACGAGGAGAGCAGUGAGACCAUGAAUGACUUGCUGGCCCAGGUGGCCACUAACACAGACACUGGCCGAAAUGCAAGCAAUGCAGUCCUGUUUGAGACAGUGCUUACCAUCAUGGACAUCCGCUCUGCAGCUGGCCUACGGGUUCUAGCUGUCAACAUUCUUGGCCGCUUCCUGCUCAACAGUGACAAGAACACUAGGUACGUAGCCCUGAUGUCUUUGCUGCGGCUGGUGCAGUCUGAUCACAGUGCUGUGCAGCGGCAUAGGCCCACUGUGGUGGAAUGUCUGCGGGAAACUGAUGUGUCCCUCAGCCGGCGGGCCCUGGAACUGAGCCUGGCUCUGGUAAAUAGCUCCAACAUCCAAGCCAUGACGCAGGAGCUGCAGGCCUUUCUGGAGUCCUGCCCUCCUGAUCUACGGGCUGAUUGUGCCUCAGGCAUCCUACUGGCUGCAGAGAGGUUUGCUCCUACCAAGCGGUGGCACAUAGACACCAUCCUGCAUGUGCUGACAACGGCAGGCAGCCAUGUGCGGGAUGACGCAGUGGCCAACCUGACCCAGCUGAUAGGGGGGGCCCAGGAGCUGCAUGCUUACUCUGUGCGCCGCCUCUACAGUGCCCUUGCAGAGGAUAUCUCCCAGCAACCGCUGGUGCAGGUUGCAGCCUGGUGCAUUGGGGAGUAUGGGGACCUCCUGCUGGAGUGGAGCAGCGAGGAAACUGAGCCCCUUCAGGUUGAAGAAGAGGAGGUGUUGGCACUGCUGGAAAAGGUGUUGCAGUCCCAUAUGUCCCUGCCAGCCACCCGAGGAUAUGCCCUCACAGCCCUCAUGAAGCUCAGCACCCGGUUCCAUGGGGACAACAACCGCAUUCGCCAGGUGGUGUCCAUCUACGGGAGCUGCCUGGACGUGGAGCUGCAGCAGCGGGCUGUGGAGUACAACACUCUCUUCCGGAAGUACGACCACAUGAGGGCUGCCAUCCUUGAAAAGAUGCCACUUGUGGAGCGAGGUGGCCCUCAGGCUGAUGAGGAAGCAAAGGAAAGCAAAGCAGUAGCCCAGCUUUCAGAAGCAGCCCCUGUCCCCACAGAGCCCCAGGCCACAAAGCUCUUGGAUCUGCUAGAUCUCCUGGAUGGCCCUUCUGGGGAUGCCCAGCAUCCUCCCCCUCUGGAUCCCUCCCCAGCAGGCACCUUAGUACAUCUCCUCGACUUUCCCUGUGCACCUCCAUCCCCGGCUCCCAUCCCAAAUCUCAAAGUGUUUGAGCGUGAGGGAGUACAGCUGAAUCUGUCUUUCAUUCGACCCCCUGGAAUCUCUGCUUUGCUCUUAAUCACCAUUACUGCCACCAACUCUUCAGGGGAUGAUGUUACCCACUUCAUCUGCCAGGCCGCUGUGCCCAAGAGUUUCCAGCUGCAGCUACAGGCCCCCAGUGGGGACACAGUUCCAGCUCGGGGUGGCCUUCCCAUCACCCAGCUCUUCAGAAUUCUGAAUCCUAACAAGGCCCCCUUGCGGCUAAAACUGCGCCUCACCUACAACCACUUUGGCCAGUCAGUGCAGGAGAUCUUUGAGGUGAACAACUUACCUGUGGAGACAUGGCAGUAACUAUCUCCACUCAUAACCUGAUAUCUUCCUGCAUCCCCAAAACCCCAGGGGUCCCAACAACUUGGAACCUUCACCUGAGAGCUUCCAGCAGGUGGCGCUCUGGCCCUGCAUUUGCCACUACAAAAACUGGGGGCCUGCCUCCCCACCUUUCCCACAAAUAAUGAAAGCCCAAUAAAGGUUGAGCAGGGAGG